AUGCCUCGUAGAAAGGCCAACGACCGUGCGGGUCCGGUGAAGACCCGUAGUCGCGAAGGAUGCUCGGAGUGCCGCGCGAGUCGGGUCCGCUGUGAUACCAAGAAGCCGGCUUGCACCAGAUGCACGGAGCGAGGACUCACUUGCUCCACGAAGAUCGUGCUGAAAUGGGAGUCGGAGUUUGCGAGUAGAGGCCAGGCUUUUGGACGAGCUGGAGUUUGGAGUAAAUCCAAAGGCGCCGGAGACCAGCCGUCGACACCAUCAACUUCCAGUUUGAAUGCUUCGCCCCUUGAUGAGCAAGAAUGGUGUUUCUUUCCGCAUGUUGAGCCCUGGAAUUUCAUCAAUAGUUCAACGGACGCCUUUCAGCUGCCGUGCAGGGUCAAGCCCACGGACGAUGACCACGCUAUCGUUAGAGCUGGGGAUAGUCGACUAAUCCCUUCUUCCCACGGGAUAGAAUCAGUGAUGCUGCAGUUAACAAAUCCAAUGCCACCCUUAUCAAUAUUUCCUCACUUUGCUGGAAACAUGCAAGGGCAACUAUUCGAAUAUUAUGUUCAACGGAUUUGCCCGAGAACGAUUGCAACUGCGAACUCCCCGUCUCCACUAGCUUCUAUAAUAAUACCUUUUUGCUCAACGGCAUCUGAAACCGUUUCUAAAGCAGUUUUAGCUUUGGGGGCGUGUGCUAUGGCUCAAAAUGACCCAGGGUACUGUGCCAUUGGGCUUCGCCUCAAGUCCGAGGUUAUACGUGGGCUCCGCCACAACCUGACUGCCGCUGUUUCGUCGACAUAUCCAGAGCUACUAGUUGUUAUGAUGCUUUUAUGUCUUUACGAACUUGUUGAUCACUGCGACGAGCGUUGGAUUGUUCACCUGAAGGGCGCAAAGGAGCUCAUACGUUUUAGACGGCAGCAAGCUGCUUUACCCGCUCCGGGGAAUGAUGAAGUCACGUCGUUUUCCGAGCGAUUCUUCGCCUUUCAGGAUAUCAUGGGCCGCACCGCUUGUGGCAAGCAAGCUCUGUUUGGCGCCGACUACUGGCGGCACAAUGAACACAAAAUUGACCCAUGGAUGGGAUGCAGCCCAGAGCUGGUUUCAAUGCUGUCAGACAUCACAGAGCUGAGCAGAACAAGACGUCAAUUGAGUUCGGACUCGGACCAAGUGGCACUGUCAUUGAAAGCGGCGAACUUGUGUCGCGGGCUGGAGGAAUUGGCUCAGGACGAGGAUGGCGGAGAUGAAGCCCUCCAGGACCUCGCAGAGUUAAAGCGACUUGCCGCAAUACUAUAUCUGCACUGUGCAUUACAAAAUGCUUCACCAACAACAGAUCUGGUGGUUAGCUAUGUCAGGAGAAUAUUGAAACUUGUUUCGGAGGUGCUUGAUGCAGGCGCCUGUAUAGGCCUGUCAUGGCCUGUAUUUGCUGCCGCUGUCGAACUCGAUCCGCUCAACGAUGAACUCUGGAAGGAUGACGACGGAAACACUGUGUGCGGACGGCCACUGGUUUUACGCGCAUUGGCCGCCAUGUCGGAGUCGAACGUUUUGAGUGUUGCCCGCACCAGAGCAGUCAUUGUGAAGGUGUGGCAGGUUCGUGAUAAUGUACUGAAACCGCCAUUGGGUGACACGUCCGACUGUAAUGACUGGGAGCGUUAUGUUGUUCCUUUUAGCGAGGCAAUGAGUUUGGCAUAG